CGAGAAGCGAGAUAAAUUGUGGAUGUCGCAUCCAGAUCGCAGGGUCUUCAAUCAAACUGAGUUAAGGAAUUCAUCCCAGCUGAAGAGCGCCACAUUCCUAACUUCCUCGCUGCCUUCUCGGUCAUUAAGUCUCAAUUUGCAGGAGAUCGCGCCGAUAACCAUGUCCACUGGGUCCGUUAGCGAUGCAGAAGACCUCCAGGAAAUGGACGGGCUGGGCACGGAGGAGGAAUACGACGCUUUAAAGAGGAAAUCCAGCAAGGAGUUCUGCACUUCCAACGACAGCAACGAAGACAGCUCCAACACCGAACACGAGUCGCCCAAAAAGGCCAGGGGAGCUUCGGGAAAGAGACGCAAGGCGAGCUCCAACAAGCCCCCUCUGAAUGGAGUGACUCAGGAAGGGAAGCAGGUUCAACGUAACGCAGCUAACGCCAGGGAGAGGGCCAGAAUGAGGGUACUCAGCAAAGCCUUCUCCCGCCUCAAAACCACCCUGCCCUGGGUCCCGCCAGACACCAAACUGUCCAAACUCGACACCCUGCGGCUGGCGUCCAGCUACAUCGCACACCUGAGACAGAUCCUAGCCAAUGACAAGUACGAGAACGGCUACAUUCACCCAGUCAACCUGACCUGGCCGUUUAUGGUCGCGGGAAAGCCGGAGAGUGAGCUCAAAGAGAUUGCGAAUGCUGGUCGCCUGUGCGAGACUACAGCCUCAUGACUAAAAUACAUAUAAAGGAACAGUUCGCAUAAUUUCGGAGGAAAAUCCAAAAGCCACAGAGAAAGUAACUGAGGAAGGAACCGUGGACACAUUUCUGCAGCCCGGCACCACCACUGACUGGCCAGUGUUCCUCCACUCAGCGCGUCGAUAUCGUCCCAUUACUUUGCUGGUCAGAGUACGAAAGGGAUCUUUUACGUCUUCAUUAAUAACAGUGAUCAGACUUUAAUAUUGUCCCGAAAGACAUUAUAGGUACGUUAAAUUUCAGAGCUGACUUUGAUAGUCACAUGCUGUGUAAGGAAGCAUAACAUAAAAUAUAUGUAUAUAUAUAUAUAUUUUCUUUAUCCGCAGGUCUUUGGAAAUGUUGUAAAUAAAAAGUUUGCUUUUAUAUUUAAACCGC